CCAGGUCUCAUCCAGGUACUGACAUCCAAGCCUGUCUACCUUAGCACGCGCGCGAUCUGUCACAGGCGGUCCCGAAACUGCUGGCUAGCUUCCUCCUUUCUCACACCCGCUGGCUCUAUUCCCGCACCCCUGUUGGCACCUAAAUCAGAUAAAAGACUCAUUCGCAGCUGGCUGGCCCCACUUGGGUUCCCGUCCACCGUCCGAUCUUAUGGCUCCUAGUAACGCUGUCCUUGCCGCCGAUCAACGAUCGCCGAUCGAUCUCCUAUCGGACGACAUUCUCUGCUCGAUCCUCCGCCAAAUCGCAUCGGACGGCUCCAGUUUCUCGCACGCCUGCGUCUGCCGCCGAUGGCUCCGCCUCGCGCUUCUCGCGCAGUCCGCCAUCCGCCUCCCCCCCGGACGCUGUCUCUCCGGGCUCGAGCUGCUUUCCGCCGCCGCGCGCUUCCCCCACCUCACGUCGAUCUGCGCGCCUGACCGCGCGCUCGGCUUCAUGCCGAUAACCUUUUUCACGGAUCUUCCGGAGCAGUGCCCGCUACUGACCAGCCUGAGACUCGGAAAAAGGAAGGCUAUGUUCGGUUUGUGGAAUAGCGAGGAAGAGAAGGAGGAGGAGGAGGAGUUCUGCAGGGAAGAGAGGGACUUCUUUCGAAUGGAGGCUCUAGCCGUGCCGUAUGUUGGCGACGGGGAUAUACAGUCGCUGCUUAGCGGGUUGCCGCAGCUGAGAGAGCUAAACUUGGAGGAGUGCUUGGAAGACGUUAGGUGGCUGCCUCAAGCUAUGAGUAGCCAUGGCUGCUUGGAGCAGCUGCUGCUGAAAUGCUCCUCGUUAACCUCCCUCACACUCCCUCCCCCUAUCUCUCCGUCUGACGCUCUCUCACUCCCUAAACCUCUCACGCUUGCUAAUGGCACCCCCUCACGCCCCACUGAACCCAGCGCGGGAAAACGAGAUGACCGUUUUGCUCUCCCUCUCUCCCUCCGUCACCUGCACCUGCAGUGCCCUUCGCUACAGUCACUCCCGGAUUCCAUCACCCUCCUUUCCUCCCUCACUCACCUCAGCCUCGUCUCCUGCUCCUCCCUUCCUCGCCUCCCCGCCUCCAUCGGCCUCCUCUCCUCCCUCACCUCCCUCACUCUCGAUCGCUGUCCCCUCCUCUCCUCGCUCCCUUACUCCCUCGGUUCCCUCUCUUCCCUCCUCUCCCUCCGUCUCUCCUCCCUCCGAUCCUGCUCGGAGCUCCCAGAAUCGAUCGGGAAUCUUUACUCGUUACAAGAACUCUCCGUUAGUAACUUUGGAGAGCUACAGGAACUCCCGUCGUCCCUCCCCCGCCUCUCCUCCCUCCGCCGCCUCACCAUCGUCAACUGUGAUGAUCUGAUCGCGCUGCCCGACGAUUUCGGUCAGCUCAAAAGUCUCGAGGAACUGACGAUCCAGCAAUGUCAUUGGCUGGAGUUCCUGCCUGCCUCCUCCUCCUCCCUUUCCUCCCUCACCCAACUAACCAUCAAUGAUUGCAAUUGCCUCACACGUCUCCCUCCCACUCUCGGCCUCCUCUCCUCCCUCAAACACCUCAAGCUAUCCGAUCUCCUCCUCCUCUCAUCUCUCCCCCCCUCACUCGCUCACACGGAGCACCUCACUUCCCUCUCUCUCCACCGUUGCGACUCCCUCACUUGCUUCCCCCCCUCUCUCUUCCACCAGCUGUCCCUGGAGCAUCUCUCAAUCACCAACAUGAAGCACCCUGUUCUCUCCUCGCUCCCUCCUGACUUCGGCCUGCAUUUGCCCCGUUUGAAGGAGCUCCGUUUGGCGGAAUACAACAUCAACAUGGAAAAUCGACCACGCCUCAAAGCCCUGCCUCCCACUCUUCCUCAGCUUACCUCCCUCCAGCGCCUCUCCCUUGCGUCCUUCUCGUACCUCUUGGCCCUACCUGAAGACAUUUCCCUCCUCUCUUCCCUCCUAACCCUAGAGAUUGAAGGCUGUUCCUCCCUCACGCAUCUCCCACACUCACUCCCCUCCCUGCCCUCCCUCACUCGCUUUCACAUUGCCAACUGCCCUCUCCUCUCCUCACUCCCCUCCUCCCUCGGUUCCCUCUCUUCCUUGCAAGAGCUCAAGAUUAAAGGAUGCAAGGGUCUCUCCUCCCUCCCUCGCUCACUCCCCCUCCUCCCCUCUCUCCGCACACUCGACCUCUCUUCCUGCUCCUCGCUCUCCUCCCUUCCUCCUGAUCUCUCCCAACUAACCUCCCUGCUCACCCUCUCUAUCUCCGACUGCCAUGCGCUGUCCCACCUGCCCGCCUCUCUCCCCCUCCUCCCCUCCCUCCACACCCUCUCUCUCGCCUGCAAAGACCUCAAGGAAUUGCCCUUGGGGUGUGAUACUGGGGUGGGGAGUGUGCCAGCUGACGAUGCCCAAGGGGCAUUGGGUAACAAAGAAGCAGCAGUGGUGGUUGCAGGGAGGGAGGGGGGGGGCUCGACAAGUGGUGUCACUGGCACCAGUGUACCUACGGCACCCGCUGCUGUACCCAGGGCACCCUGCAGCGGGGUGGCGCUGCUGUGUCUGCGGCAUCUGGUUCUUUCCAACAGCCCGCACCUAUGCCAGCUGCCUCCCGCCCUCACCCUCCUCCUGCACCUCUCCCACCUCACUCUCAACCAUCUGCCGCUGCUCUCCUCCCUCCCCUCGCACAUCCACCACCUCUCCAGCCUCCAGCAACUCAAGAUCGACAGCUGCCAUGCCAUCUCCUCCCUCCCUGCGACCCUCCUCCUCCUCCCUUCGCUCACACACCUUGAGCUGAACGGCCUUGACUCUCUCACCUCCAUCCCCUGCCCCCCUAUUCCUCCAUUCCCCCAGUCUCACACGCUGUCUUUGUCCUUCCAGCCGCCCCUUCCAGCAUCAUCCUCCGGGCCCUUCCCUCCACCUGAUGACAAGCCUCAGUCCCGCCCCUCCAUGCACUCUGCCUACCCGAUACGCUCUAUUGUUCUGAGGUAUUUGAAGCUGCACUCGCUUCCCUCGUGCCUCCCCCUUCUACCGCAUCUCACGUCUCUGUAUCUGUUCGGCCUUCAAAGCUUGCGCUCAAUCCCGUCCGCGUGUCGCCCUACUGGGGGUGCUGCUGCUGCUGUGUUAGGGGAUAGUGGGGCAGAUGGCGAUGACGAGAGCGAGGGAUGGGAGAGUGAGGGAGGAGACGAGGAGGAUGCAGCAGAAGGGAACGGAAGCGAGAGAAGUGGAAAGGAUGGGGACGAUGGAGCAGAACCGAGUGGGAGAAGCAGAGAAGAUGGGGAGGAAGGAGCAGAACCGAGCAGAAGUGAGAGAAGCAAAGAAGAUGGGGGGGAAGCAGGGCAGGCAGAAGGGCUAGAGGAGAUAGACAUGCAUGAGGGUGGAGAGCAUGUGGGGAAAGCAUCUAAGGGUAGGCAAGCUGGGGUGAUGGUGGAAGAGGAAGGGCAAGGUGAAGAGGAGAAGGAAGGCAAAGAGGAGAAGGAAGGCGAAGAGGAGAAGGAAGGCAAAGAGGAGAAGGAAGGUGCAGAGGAGAAGGAAGGCGAAGAGGCAUGGGAAGAGGAAUGGGAAGAGGAAUGGGAAGAGGAAGGGGAAGAGGAAUGGGAAGAGGAAGAGGCGGGGGAAGAUGAUGUGGCGUUGCGGAAGGACAACACUGAGUUGCGGAAUGAGGGGGACUGGCGCUAUGUCUUGCGGCAUGGGGAGUGUGUCGAGUGGGCCUGCCUGCAAAAGCUGACUCUGAACAGCUGUUACAGCUUGGUCUACCUUCCACCCACGCUGCAGUUUGCACCCAUGCUUCGUGAGGCACAGGUGCGGGAUUGUAUUCGGCUGGAGGGGGAACGUGGGAGGUGGUCGUAGAUUCAAGACAUCUCACAAAGCUGUUUUAGCCUGGCUUACCUUCCACCCUCGUUACAGUAUGCAUGGAUCCACGCUACGGGACACACAGGUGUGGGCGGGAUUGUAUUCGGCUGGAAGGGGAACAAUGACUGUGGUAGUCAGGUAGACCAAUAAGGUGGAGGGUUGGAUUCUCUCAAACAGUCCCUCCCGUGCACUUUCUGUACGACAAGCUAGGCAUUUCACACGUGGUUGGUGGAUUGAGUCUGCCUCAUGAGCGGAAUUUAGUUGGAUUUGAAGGUGAAUGGACAUGAUAUGUGGGCCACUUGGGAAAGCCUCUAGGUUGGAUUUAUUGGUUACUUGAUGUGGGAUGUAAGGAAUUAGUAAUUCCUUACUGA